AUGGGAACAGAAUCUGCAGUAUGCAGCCCGUAUGAGGACUGCGCUGCACAACCUCUUAAAAUCAGCGAAAGCGCUUCUGCCCUAAAUAUGAAAGAAAACAAAACCGUCAUUGAAGCCAUCUUUCAGUGUUUUAAGUCGUGCUCCAUAGAGGACUGCCCCCUGAACUCUCCGUACACGCAUCCUAUUUCUUUAUACUCUAACCUACUGUUCUGCGUCAUGCGAAACCACAGAAACCUCCUGUCUUUUAAUCGCCACAAAUCUUUUAAAAUUAUUUGCGAUUUUGAAAAGAUAAUCCUACUGGCUGUCCAGCUAGACCGCACCUUCAGGCCUGUGCACGUGGGAAAGUUUGAUCUUCUCUGCGAACAGGACAUUGAGUCGCUCACCUUCAAGCUCUACGAGUCGAUGUACGCGAUGGACAAGUCCAAUAUAGCCACCUCUGACUACUACCACAUACUGGAGAUUCUUCUGAACAGAAAAGAGUACGAAAGAUUCUUUGUGGUCUACGAGCAAAGCAAGACCAAAACAAUAGGCACAUACAAGCUGUCCAUCGUUGCUGCUCUGUGCAUGAAAGAAGAAAAGAUACCCCGCAUUCUCACACAGAUCAAAAACGACCUGAAACUGAAAAAUGUCGACAUUGACGGGCGAACACCCCCCAUUGGCAAACAGUACAGAAACCUGGUGGAGAAUGCAGCAGAGGACAGCGACAUGCCGUGCUACACUGAGGAAGAGAAUUUGGUUCUAUUCUACACCAUAAAAAACUGGUACAUUGACAAAUACAGAGAACACCACUGGAACGUAUCCAUCCACACGUGGCAUGUAAGCAGAAACACCGAAGGAGCCUCUGAGGCAAUGAUCGACCGGUGCAUCCGCCUUAGGAAAUACGAAGAGGGAUGGGACAUCUACAAAGAGUCCACAAUAGACCCAAUAACACCCCUCAGGAUGCUUAGGCUCUCCCGCCGAAUACUUUCUUUGAUCAUACACGCCAUCAACAACUGCAACACGAAUGUGUGGGUUGAGAAAUACCUUGAAAUAGCCACGGUCAUCUCUCGGCUAAAUGUUAGCAACGUGAUAAAGGUAAAAAAUACUUUUUCAAUUUUAUCCAGUCUUAAAAACUACGCCCACAUCUCGUGCAUUUCUGUUUUAACCAUAAAACAGUACCCAGAGGAGCUGAUAAGCAACAGCGCAGCCCUUGGAAUCAUUUUUGAAGAUAUCUACAAAAUAUUCAAAGACCACGAAGAAGUUCUAGCGGAGACACAGAAUGAAAGCUGUACAUCCAGCCUUGCCAGACAUGCCCUUAUUAUUUACAGGAUCUGGAGGAAGAAAAACAGCAAGAGCGUCUUUCUGUCUCUCUUCUGGGGGCGGUCAAAAGAGUCUGUUGAAGUGUACACGCUAAUACUGCAGAUAGCAGCGAUCACAAAGAACAAAGACCAUAUUAUCAGCAUAUGCAAAGACAUAUGGGAGGACAGCAUUGCUGUUACUGAGAAUCUAUCCAACACGCUUUCCCAUAUCCACAGCGAAUACUCCUCCUGUUCUUGCGACGCAUCUGUCAACACCAACAGCAGAGGAUAUCUUAUGCACGUAUUAUCUUCUCUAUAA